UAAACACAGGCAGAUUGUAUAAAUUCUUUUGUUCACUAAUACUCUUUCUGAAUAUGUAGGGGUAGGCCUAUUUUUUUUUUUCUUACCUUAUCAAUAACACAUAUUCUACCUAGGAAUCAUGCAAGAUUAUUAUGAUAGACAGAUAUUUAAAGGCUCAGUAGAUGUCACUGCGCUAAGUUUUGUUGGCACAUUAGGUAUGUCUUUUUUUGGUUUAAUGGGGCCGAUAACUCCGGUUCUUAUGUCACUGAUCGGCACAAGAUGGGUACUCUUUAUCGCAACCAUAUGUCUAACAGCUGGCUUAGUAUUGGCAAGUUUUGCUCAGCAGGUCUGGCAAUUGUAUAUAACACAAAGUAUUAUGCACGGUAUUGGUGCCGCACUUUUGUAUAUAGUUUCUAUGUCAAUCUCUCCUCAGUGGUUCGUUCGAAGGCGCGGAUUUGCUAUGGGCAUAAUGGUCAGCGGAUCUGGCCUUGGUGGAUUGAUCAUGCCUUUUAUUAUGACGCAUCUAAACGAAUCCCUCGGGGGCGCUUGGUGCUAUCGAAUCUUAGGCAUUAUUACAUUUGUCAUUAGUUUAACGUCCACUCUGUUGCUAAAAGAAAGCCCACAUAUGCCUAAAACUAAAAAGAAAAGUUUAAAAGAAAUGGUUGAUACAAGUGUAUGUAAAGAUGUAAACUUUAUUAUCUGGUGUAUCUCUGGCAACCUGAGCAUGCUGGGGUACUUCAUACCUGCAUUCUAUCUUCCUUCGCAUGCCACCAAAAUCGGAUUACGACCUUCUCAGGGGUCUAUUCUUGUCGCUGCCUUUUCUGCUGUAAAUGUCAUUGGCAGAAUUAUGUCAGGGUAUCUUGGAGAUCAUGUUGGUGUCAUCAAUAUCAAUAUGCUUUUCCUAUUCGCUUGUGGGCUAAGUUCAUUAAUCAUAUGGCUGUUGGCGAAUUCAUUUGCUACCUUGCUGAUCUUUAUCCUCGUCUAUGGGUUCAUGAGUGGAUCCGUAUUCUCAUUGUUGGCGCCUAUCACCGUAUCAAUCACUGGAAUAGAGAGGUAUCCAUCUGGAGUAUGUUUAUAUCUUUUUUUCAUGACAGCAGCAAGAUUUGGUCCUUCUUUAGCUGGUGCAAUACAAACAGCUACCAACAAAAAUUCGUUUCUCUCACAAGAAUUAUUUACAGGACUUGCAUUCAUUCUUUCAGCAUUGAUAACAUUAGUCUUAAAAUACAACAUGAAUAACAAACUACUAGCCAAAAUAUAAUAUAUAUAAUAACGUUCCAUUGACUAUGGUGUACAUUUGAAAAGGCUUAUAAGCCUCUAUUGCAUUAAAUAAAGGGUAUCGCCUUGUUUUGCUGAAAGAUGAUCAACAAAUGGGUAAAGCUUGUUGCGUGCUUUUAAUAAAUUAUAGCAAGCAUUCUAUUGUAUAUCUGUUUGUAAAAGGUAUAUGAUUGUAUUCGAAAGCUUGGGGACGGUUUAAUUAAUGUAUGGUAACUCCCAGUAACAUGGGAAAUACCAUGAUUAUAAAAUAACCUCAGCAACGGCUCCAUUCUCAAGUCAUUUUUCUAGUGAUUGAUGUUGGAUACAGAUUAUCGU